UCCACCACUUACAUCUGCAUAACUUCUCAGAGCUGUACUUCACCGGAGGAACAGGUCUCCGCAAGUCAAAUUGUCAAGGCCAUGCCUCAAGUGACUUUGCCGACGAUGUGUUCUGGGAUAUAUAGGACCCCAAUAUCGUCAAUACCGAUGUCACGAAAUGGAAUCUUUUGACCGGGAUGGAUAACUGUUGAGUCGAUGGAGGAGGUGUUGUCAUUCUUGUUCCAGCCGUCUAGCUCUCCAACUCAUCGAGUUACGCAUCCUAAACUUUCGAGUUGUCCAAUCUCCUCCGGGACGGCUACAAAGAAACUUUUGAUACAACGUGAAGACCUUCAUAGCCAGAUGCACAUGCAAGCAUCUCGAUAUUCAUCCAACUCGACUGAAAACUUGUAUACGCUUUAAAAAAGUUCACAGCAUUCGACUACCGCAUGGAUUCGUUGUUGUUGUAGAGAACUAUAUAGGAUCCAGCCGGUAAAAUAUUCGCUGUUAUCCUCUUCCCAAAGGAUGCAGCGACUAGAUGACACCGACACUCGUAUACACUACACCCCAACGGGGUUAUGGUCUACGGGUGGAGUUGCAGCUGAGUACAAUUCCACGACUCAUGGGUCGAAAACCGCAGGAGCUCAGAUGGUGUUUCACUUCACAGGGACAAAAGUAGACGUCUACGGCACGAUAAGUUCAAAUCUUGCAUCAGCGAAGAACUUCGAUCUCCUUACACUCGACGAUGAAGAUCCCGUACAGUGGUCUGUUUCCCCCCAGAAACCACCAGUCUACCACCAGAGGAUGUUCAGUUCUCCGAUCUUGCAAGAUGGUCCACACGUACUCACCUUGGAGCUCUUCGUUGACAAGAGUGAAACUUGGAUUGAUUAUUUGGAGUUCAUGCCAUCUCCCAGCGAGCUUCCGUCGUCACAAUUACCGCUUGGAUCGACCACUUCUGAAGUGGUAGACGCGGCCACAACAGUGUCCUUCCUGUCAUCAACAAGUUCAAGCACAACCCCCGAGUCGAGGUCGAGCGGCGAUUCAUUAACAUCCAUGCCUUCAUCGACCGCUUCUGUUUCGGUAACGAUGAAAACUUCGAGUGGUGUCUCAACCGUGCGUCAUCCACCACAUCCACAUCUUCUGAAACAGGAGGAAUUCCGGCGAGUGCUCUCAAAGUCCCACCAUCAACUUCAUCAUCAGGUACACCAUCAUCACAUCUCUCAACGGGCGCUGUUGCUGGCAUCUCCAUUGUCAUUACGGUGGUGGUGCUUUCCGGCGCAUCGGUUUUGGUCUGGCGGUGCCUACGACGAAAGCGACGAAUAUGGACGUCAAGCUCCGCAGAUGAACUUGCCCUAGGAGCUGUCACUCCGUUCAAUCAGCCACCUACGCUGGAGGUGAGGAGGCCUGAGGAUACUCCGAAAGGUUCUCCUCCUCCUUACCAGCAGUAAAGGCUGUAUCUCUUUUCAUCAUCUCGUCAUAAUCCGUUGUAGCGUACACGUUCGAUCAUGACUGUUUUCUUUUUUAAGAGGAAUCUAUAAUGUGUACGGUAUAUUUAAUUAUGUAGUUUUACAUCCGAAUGCAGAUUUGGAGUGACGGUGCAAUUUGG